AUGCGCGUCGUUGCUCCACCUUCCUACAACUUUCGUUCGAGUGAAUCUGCUCUUCCACCACGUUUCGAGUCCUCGGUUACUUUAUCACCAAGUGUGACGAAUCGUCACAGUCUAGCAACAUUAGAGAAACCUUCCAUCGGUCUCACCGAUCCAGUUCCAUUACGUGAUAGCUAUACAAGCGACAUUACUGGCUUUGAUGUGCUUAAUUUCUGGAACAUGGAGACGGAUCACGAUACAUCUCCAAGUGAAGUCUGUACUUCACGAGACUAUACCGAUCCGUAUCACGGAGUGACAAUUGAAGUAAAUAAUCAUUCGAUUAAUAAUCAAGGAAUUGUCAUGUAUCACGUGGAUAUUAAAGGUCCAGACGGGAUUUUAUCCACUUACACAAUCCGUCGUCGUUUUCGAGCAUUCAAGAAUCUUCAUACUGAACUCAAUCGUCUCUUGAAUGCGUAUCAAAACAAUCAGACGCAAUUGGAAAAACAUCAAGCGUCAGGUCUGGAUCAGAAUGGACCAGAGACUCAUAUUCCAUUAAGUCCACAUAGUGCUGCAAUCUUGGCAAAAGGUCCACCAUUAUCCAAUACAAAUUACAAGAAAGUAUCAUUUCCAUCAUUACCAAGUGCCGGAAUGUGGACGUAUUUGAAACGUCAUGAUGUCCGACUUGUGGAACAGCGAAAAAGACGUUUUCAAGAGAUUUUGACACUUGCAAUUCGUCAUCCAGCAACAAAACAUAGCGUCGUCUUGGAUGAAUUCUUGAGUGUCGCUCCCAGUGAAAUCUCGCAACGAGGUUCGUCCUACGUAUCACUUCAGGAUUACAGUGUACCAGUCUUUGAUCGACAACGUGAAUCCAUUGAACGACGACAGCGAAAGAUGCGAGUACUGGAAGUUCGACGACUACGUGCAGGAUCCGACAGUUAA